AUUUAGAAAAACUUUUGCUUUGCUUCUUGUUUGCUGUUUCUGUGUGUGGUGUGGAUUUAUUGCGCGCGCGAGAAAUUAUCAUUUACAAAACACACACCGCCAAUACCAUUACAUAAAUCGAUCGUAUGAUCGUUGAAACCAGGAAAAUAGAAAAAUAAAAUAAAACCAGUAGCAACGACAACGACAAACAAAAUCAUAUCAUCAUUUUUUUUGAUAUUGAAAUUCAUUUGAAAUAAUCUGCAGAUUGAUAAGAUUGAAGCAAUCAUUGAAAAGCAAUCAUUCAUAAUCGUGUUCCACAUAUCAUUCUUAGCUUUCAGCAUAAAUUAAUAUCAAAUUAUUGAAUGAUGGCGUUCAUAGUAUUAUCAUUAUUGUUGGUCAUCCAAUCAUCAUCGUCAUUGAUGAUGACCAUUCAAGCCCAUAAAUUACCAUCAUCAUCAUUAUCAUCAAAAUCUAUCUAUAAACCUGUUUAUAAUAAUGAAUCAUUUGCAUCAACAUAUCAAUUAAAAGAUGGUGAAAUUAUUACUAAAUUACAUUGGAAUAAUUAUUCAGCCAUUGAAACUCGUUAUCUUCAUAUUGAUUUAAUACAGCUAACACGUAAUGAACAUGAAAUUAUUCAAUUCUGGUUAACCGAUGGUCAAUUAAUUGAUUGUGAAUAUACAAAUGAUAGUAAAACUAUUGAAAAAUUUUAUGAACAAUUUAAUAAAAUUAAUCCAAAUAUUCGUAAAGAUUCAAAAUCAUUUCAAAUGAUUGAGUAA